CAGGAGAGACGUGGACCCGUCCGGAUCAGAGAGGAUGAAGCGACCGACGUUCCUGCUAGUGUUUGCAGUCGUCCUGAACUCCUGCCUGGCUCAGUUGGAGUCAGGAGGCGAGGAAGAAGUUGGACUGGAGGAAGAACAUGUGGAGCUCUUCACCACACCCACAACAAAGAUGGGCGCCGCAACCUCAGACUUCGGCUACAAUCUUUUCCGUGCUCUGUCGAGCCGCGAAGCUACAGCCAACAUCUUCCUGUCGCCCAUCAGCGCAUCUGCGGCUCUGACCCAGCUGUCCAUGGGGGGCUCUGGACAUGCUCAGAGCCAGCUGUACCGAGCCCUAAGGUACCACGCCCUGCAGGACCCUCAGCUCCACAACACCCUGAAGGACCUGCUGGCUUCAGUGAAGACUUCAGGGAAAGGUCUGAGCGCCGCCGCUCGCCUCUACAUGGCACGCCGACUUCGUCUGAAGCAGGACUUCUUCAAGCUGGUGGAGCAGCAGUACGGAGUUCGACCUAAAGCCUUACUGGGAGGAACUAAAGACCAGAAAGAAAUCAAUGACUGGGUGUCUCAGCAGACUGGAAGGAAGGUCCAGCAGUUUCUGACCAAGCCCCUCCCCCGUACCUCCGGGGUUACCGUCGUGAGCGCCGCCUACUUUAAAGGGAAGUGGGUGACUCGCUUCAGUCAGAGCGGAGCUCUACAGAACUUCCAGGUGGAUGGAGGGCUACCAGUCCAGGUUCCCAUGAUGCAACAGGACAACUACCCAGUGAAGAUGGGGGUUGACUCAGACCUACACUGCACGAUCGCUCAGAUCCAGAUGCAGAACGACAUCAGCAUGUUCGUCUUCCUGCCUGACGAGGUGACGACCAACACCACUCUGCUGGAGGAGAGUCUGACCGCCGAGUUUGUCCAGGACCUGUCCAUGGCGCUCCAACCGGCCCAGGUGACCCUGACGCUUCCUGUCCUGAGGCUCAGCUACUCCACAGACUUACUGCCGCUGCUCGGUGACCUCGGUCUAGCUGAGUGGCUGGAGAACCCAGAACUGGAGAAUAUCUCGAAUCAGCCCGCCAAACUCAGCAGCGUCAACCACAAGGUUGUUAUGGAGACCGCCCCCGAGGGUAACCAGUACCCCGGCGCCAUCCCGACACCCGCCCACCUUGCGUACCGAGUGGACCAGCCCUUCAUCUACCUGAUCCGGGACGAACCGUCGGGGGCGCUGCUGUUCAUCGGCAAAGUGGUUAACCCCAAAGACCUGACAAUAUAACACACACACACACACACACGCACACGCACACGCACGCACACACACACACUCUUA